AUGGGCCUCCCUCAAGCUCCAACCCCUCCUCAUCUUUACCCUCAAGAACUUCAACUUAAACUUUACCAGGCUUUUAUAUUUUCAAUUCCUAUCCUCUUCUCCAUUAUUCUUUUUCUGUUGUUUUACUUGUUCUACCUCAAGAGAAGGUCUUCCUCACUUUCAUCUCCUCCACAUAUAAUUCCAAGAAGUUCCAAUCAAGCUACUCCAUAUCAUGUCUCCUCUAUUUGUCAGAUUGGUCUGAAGGAAGAGCUUAAAGACAGGCUACCAACUGUCUUAUUUGAUGAAGAAUUAAUGACAAAGGAUUCUCAAUGUUGUGUUUGCUUGGGCGAAUUCGAGAUCAAAGAGGAAUUGCUUCAAAUCCCAUCAUGCAAGCAUGUGUUUCAUGUUGAAUGCAUACAUCAUUGGCUUCACUCGAAUUCAACCUGUCCACUUUGCAGGUGUUAUGUCAUAUUCCCCGCCACCAAAUUUUGUACUAAUCCUCCACAAUCUACUGGACAUAUGAUACCUCCUCAAUCUAGCGCAAACUCUCACCAUCCUCAGAAUAUGACAUCAGAACCGCAGCAACAACAAGAUGUUGGUGCUGGGUCAAGAGAACAGUUUGAGAUACCUAUGGAAGGAUCAUCAAGUGUGACAACACAAUUGAGGGACUCUUCCAGCUUGCCUGAGUUAUCUGUUUCCGUUGAGAAUGGAACGGGUUCUUCAACUGGAGAAUCUGUUAUUCUUCAUAUCCAAACACGUAGGACAUGA